CAACAUAUUUACCUAGAAAUUUAUUUCAAAAAUGUGUAUAGUGCAUUUUUGGUUGCAGUAUGUUAGGCGCUUGGCAAAAAAUUACCAAACAGUUUUUUAACACAUUUUUUGUGUUUAUAACGUGCAAAGUGAACGUGAAUUAAUCAAAUACCUCUCAGUGCCUAAAAUAGCAAUAGCAUUCAACGUUUAGACAUUCUGCCUAACGAAUUAAACGCGUAAUCUAACUUAAAACUUUUGUUCAGUAUUUCUCAGUCGUUAAUUUCGAACAUAACCUAUGUAAUAACAACUAACCCAGUGAAGCUAAUGAUAUUAUGGAUGGGACAAAAUAUUAAGACAUAUUAAUAAGCGGAGGAAAAGAAACUAACAACAAUUAUUUCAAGACACGCUCUUUAAUUUAUAACUCUUAAUUUCGUUACUAUUACAACGGCAAAACGGCGAUCAUGAAAUCACAAGCAGAAUACAAACUGAAUUCAGCUCCAGAUGAUGCCAUUUCUUCAGUCAAAUUUGGCCCCAAUACAAAUCAGUUCUUAUUAGUGAGUUCAUGGGAUACCAGCGUCCGGCUCUACGACGUGCAGGCAAAUAGUUUAAGGCACAAGUACCGGCAUGAAUUUCCCGUCUUAGAUUGCUGUUUCACUGACGCAGUACAUGCAUACAGUGGCGGUUUAGACAACACACUAAAAACCUUCGAUUUCAAUGCGGCUGCUGAAAACACCGUCGGUGCACAUUCUGAUGCGAUCCGAUGCGUUGAAUACUGCCCAGAUGUCAACUGCAUAGUCACCGGUAGCUGGGAUCACAAUCUGAAGAUAUGGGAUCCACGCUCACACAACUGCAGCGGGUCCUACAACCAGGGCGAUAAGGUGUAUACAAUGAGCGUGUGCGGUGAAAAAAUGGUCGUUGGAACCAGCGGGCGUAAAAUCCUCGUCUGGGAUUUACGAAAUAUGGCGUACACACUACAACGCCGCGAAUCCAAUCUCAAAUACCAGACGAGAAUGAUUCGUUGCUUUCCGAAUAAACAAGGUUUCGCGCUGAGUAGUAUCGAAGGACGUGUCGCCGUUGAAUAUUUGGACGCAAGUCCAGAGAUACAAAAGAAAAAAUACGCUUUUAAGUGUCAUCGGACCAAGAUUGAUGGCGUUGAGAAGAUUUAUCCAGUUAAUGCCAUCAGUUUUCAUCCAACUCAUCACACAUUUGCGACUGGUGGGUCUGAUGGUUUCGUAAACGUCUGGGAUGGUUUCAAUAAGAAACGAUUGUGUCAAUUCCAUCAAUAUGACACAUCGAUUACAUCUCUAAGUUUCAGCCACAAUGGUUCAACGUUAGCAAUUGCAUGUUCAUACUUUCUGGAAGAAGACAAUCCGCCUGAGUUGAAACCGGAGGAUGCUAUCUACAUUCGUACCGUGUCGGACCAGGAAACCAAACCUAAAACUUAUAACCUUCCUCCUGUCCCACCUUGGCCCGCAAACGAACGUUAACUGAACUGAUUAUAGACAUGAGAAGUUGA